AUGCCGGACCCAAACCCCGGCUCAGCUCCAGCAGAACCCGAGAAUGAGUGGAUCUCGGCACCGAGUGGCCGGCCCAAACCAAACCAAAAACCGAAUUACACGCAAUACCAAAUCCUAGGUAACCACACGCACAUGACUUCAAUCAUGGUGAACAACUUUAGAAGUUGGAGUAUGUUCAUUCGUCGCUGA